AUGUGGGUGGGCGGCCGUUGUCCGGAAGUUUCGGGUGUGUGCGGAGGCUCAUUCCGCCUGUGGAGCUCUGAAGCAGGUCCUGGAGGGGUGGUGAUGCCACACUGCCAGCUCUCUCAACACCAACCUGACGGUGUAGAGACAGUGCUCGUGAAACCUGGACGCUGCGCGGCAGAGCUCACAGACAUGUUGGUCGUGCUCGGGAUGGCUCUGGGGAGCAGAGCCAGGCUGGCGGCAGGAUUCCAUCCCCAAGGGAGGGUUUCAGGACGGUCACGCCAGAGCCCACCAGAGCUUGGUGAACUGCGCAGAUGGCGGUUUCGAAUUUGGCCAUUGUGUCCUCUUCCUCUAGAUACAGUCAUCAAAAUUCAUCUCAACUGUCACUUCGUGCUUAGUUGCUCAGUUGUGUCUGACUCUUGCGACCCCACGGACUGUAGCCCACCAGGCUCCACUGUCCAUGGGAUUCUCCAAGUAAGAAUACUGGAGAUGAUUGCCAUUUCCUUCUCCGGGGGAUCUUCCCAACCCAGGGAUCCAUCACCUGUGUUUGCUGCAUUGCAGGAGGACUCCUCACCCGCUGAGCCCCCGGUGAAGCCCUCACUCACUGAGUGA